AUGUCGUUCGUUGACCAACCAGACUGUGCGACGACAAUCCCCAUCGUGGUUAUGGCUGAAGUGGAGAUGGUGAUGUUGUGAUGGUGUUGUUGUUGUUCUCAUUAUUGCGAGCAGCACCAAGAGUACUACCAAUACCACUGUCCUCCUGUAGAACAGCCACAAAGGGUCUUUUGUUGCCCUUACGACCCAGCUCAGUUUCAUUUGAGAGCUAGUAGUGAAUAGCCUAGCUUUCUUCCCAUUCUUUUAAAGUUUGGCUUUUAUUGGCGUGUCUUUGAGCUGAACCUAAAGGAAAAGAAGCAUUGGGCUUGUGUGAAUGCCAGGAGGUCGAACAAAUUUCAAGCAGCGACCCAUCAAAGCCUAACAACUCACAGACACAUCCUUCCUGAUUAUUCACCAACCUUCCUAGUUAGUACUUGCCUGACUGACUGACUGCCUGUGUGACUGCUGCCCUCUCUCGGUGAUCUUACAACCUGAGGGUUGAAGGUGAAUUCAAGUUAUGCACUCUGACUUGCAAUACCAUCGUCAUCCUCCUCUUCCUCCUCCUCCUUCCGAUCCCCACCAUUUUGAUCCAUCUCACUACCCCACAUCCUCGUAUUCCUCUUAUCCAAUGGCUCCCAACAGCCUGACUCAACACCAAUUAGCAUCAUCAAACACCAACCAUAUCAGCACCAUGCGAUAUUCAAUCGACAACAUGAUCGAAAAUAUUGCACCGGAGACAGCCGUUAAGGGUGCGGCAACGGGAUCCUUUGCGACAUCUUUCACAAACAGUCCGCUGACGGCCGCACAUCCGCCGCGCUCGUUUCUGCCUAGGUCAUCCUCCACCUCCUCGUCUUCGCCGCCGCCGUCCUCCUCCUUAUCCCCUAUUUCUUCGUCAUCAUUAGCCAUCACAAAUAGAAGCACCGGUGGUUCAGGGCUUGAAUCUGCUGCCCCCUACCAUUCUGUUGGGGCUUCUGAGUUUCCUGGUCUACACGGUGAUCCCAAAGAAAUGGUGGACGGAAUGAUGUCCUCGGCUUUUGGAUUCCAUCACCAAGACUCAUUGUCUCGGAUGACUUCAAUGACGAACUCGAUUUCCCCACCUCAACCACCUGGUGCCACAGGUACGUACUCAUUGGGGGAGAAGAAGAAAAUGGAUGACAACCACAUCAAACGACCCAUGAAUGCAUUCAUGGUUUGGUCCCGGAUGAAGCGAAGACAGAUCGCCCAAGAGAAUCCCAAGAUGCACAAUUCCGAGAUUUCAAAGCGAUUGGGUUCCGAGUGGAAAACGUUGACAGAGGCUCAAAAGCGCCCUUUUAUUGAUGAGGCGAAACGGAUUCGGGCCAAACAUAUGCAAGAUCAUCCCGACUACAAAUACCGGCCAAGACGGAAACCAAAGAAUCUCAAAGCUCCUGGAUAUCCCUACACAAUGCCUUAUCCAUCCGUCUCCAUGGAAGCUCUCCGAGCAGGUCAAAUGGGUGGAUAUUUCUCGCCCUAUGCUGGCGGAUACUCUGCAGCUGUAGCAGCUCAAUUGGCGGCGCAAUCAUCACAGAUGAUGGAUCCGAUGAAAUAUAACAGCUAUCUCUCGGCUGCUUCCCAUCUCACCUCGGGGCUCUACGGAGGCUCUUCCGUCACAUCCACGGCUGGAAAUUCUUCCCUGUCGACCGUCAAUUCCCUCUCCCCUUCAUCUUUGGACCACCACAGUAAAUCCGGAUUGGCGGCCCAUGCCAACUACCCUCAAAUGUCACCCAUGGAGUCCGAGUCCAAAUCUCCCUAUAGCAAUAACAUGGACGCCAACGGUUUGGUGAACAGCCAAGCGAAAACAAGUUACUCCGCCGACUCAUUGAGUCGCUCCUACUUUGACAGUGCAGCCUCAAUGGCCCUCAAAGGCUACAACGAGGCGGCUCAAAGAGGCCAGGUGGGCGGCGGCGGUGGUGGUGGCGGUGGCGGUGGCGGAACAGGGGGUUUUGACCACAAUUCCUUCACACCGGACUCCAUGGGUAGUGGGCGUACCUCCGCCGAUUCCCCUGAUAUGAAGAUGGUGAAGUCAGACACGAACUCUGCCCUAGAUCAGCACUCUGUGGCGGCCUCCAACAACUUUAGUAGCCAACAAGCCGCUCUCCAGGCCUAUUACAGUCAAAGUAUGGCCGCUGGGGGCAUGAUGGGGCAAGGCGGUGGGGGUAGUGUGGGUGGUCUACCGCCCCUCCUCCCCAUGGCCGCCCAAUUGAGCCAAUACGCGGGUGCAGCGGCAGCCUCGGGUAACUACAACCAAGGAACGGCGGCUACGGCAGCAGCCAGCCAAAGCGGGUCCGGCGAAUACAGAAGACCACUUUCAGUAUUAUUCUAAAUGUGCUUUUCCAUGAUGCAAUGAAUUGAAAAUCCAGAUUUGUUUUUGAGGUUCUGUGAUGUUAUAUCCCGGCAAUACGAAGAUGUUGGCCGAAACUUGUCUGACCACCAACGCACUAAUAACCAAGACUUACAAAUGGUCACAAAGAUCCCAAGUUUGGCAAUAUAGCCAUUAUUAUGUCCAAGUCUCGUCGUCGCCUUGGUUCGAGUAAUGGCGGUUUCCUCCCAUUCCCUCCCAAGUUUUGAAAAUUGCUUCCAUUAAUUUUCUCUUUUGUCCUGAUACCCAGGGUCAUGUAAAUAUGCAUUCUGACUUUCUGGUGACCAAGUUGUUUCUUUGAUUGAUUUGUUUUCAUAUUUCCCCCGUCCCACUGUCCGUUUUAUUAUACCACGCUUGUUUUUCCCAACCUUGAAUAGUACCAUUCACCGUAAGCCAUGUACAUAUAAGAAAUUGUUGAUUCUUGAAUAAUGACAACAUUACGCCAGUUCCUACUAGUGCAGUAAAACAGUAAUAAUA